GAGUGCGCCUCGUUUGAAUGCAUCAGAUACGGAGUUAUGUGCAAAGUGGACGGGUGUGGAGGGAAACCCAUUAUCGGACAGUAGACGUUGACUUUGUGUGUCUCCGUUGUGUUUCCGGGAGAAUAACACAAGUAAUGAGAAGUUGUUGGUCUUCCUCUGCAGGUCAGAGCCCUCGCCACUGAUACCAUGACCGGGUUUGUGGAACGCAUCCCCCGCCCUCCUCAACCAAAGGGAGCGUCUCUAGGAAUUUCAAAGUUGUUUGGUUGCGCCAUUCCUAUUGCUCAGAUCGCAAUUGGGUCCGUGUAUCUUGAUGACUGUCCGGUGCAGCCCUACAUCCCCAUCUACUUGAUCGUAUCGGGGGUUUUCGGCCUGAUGCUGGCGCUGCUCACCUGCAUGCCCUUCUCCCAGAAGCCCGAAGACGGCACCAGCAGCCCCAUCAAUCGAGUCUGCGUCACGUGGAACUCACUGUCGUCCUGCUUCCUCUUCUGCUGGUUCAUCACCGGCAAUGUGUGGAUCUACUCUAUUUACCAGCCGGAAUACACCAAGAACUCAACGAACUUGGACGUUUACUGCGACAAGACGCUCUACCUGUUCGCCUUCUGGAUCACGACUCUGGCCUACAUCCUGUUCGGCGUGAUCCUGCUGUGCAGCUGCUGCGUUGUGGUCUGCUUCUUCCUGUGUGGCCGAGCCGACGCCGACGACAACAUCUAGAGACUUUUGCCGUGGGGGGUGCGCGUGUCUCCUGCGCACGUCACGUCAGGUUUUAUGUGUCGCACGCGUAGCGAGGCUGCGGGUGUGGCUAACAAUGGAGGAAACAGUUUAGCCGUGUGAGAGGCACGUGGUGUGCAACAAGACGAAUCCGUUUAUUCACCUGUGUUGUGGCAGCUCUGAUAGACACAAGAGUAACUCUGAAGAUUCUACAGAUUUGUAACACUGAUUAUAAAUAAAGAUUCCUAAUCGCCGAGCCCUCCCUCACUGUCUCUCCCACUAUGAUUGUUUAAAUGUGCAGCCGGAAAAUGAGGCUCAAGCUUUGUACAUGAUGAAAUUAUUAAAUGGCUGUUUUGUGUGAA